CUGACCGACCAACUAUGCAGGUAUUAAGCAGCUAAAGAAGUCAUUAAUUGCCGGUUGACGCCUCGUGGCGCCGCCUGUGCACGAAGCAGUUUUUGGGAUUCUGGAGAAAGCGCGUGUGUAAGCAUGAAGGCAGUCACGUGACCUGGCCUGGACACACGCGCCUCGUUGUCGUCCUUUAUAAGGCCAGCCCCUCACCGCCGGCGCCGCACACCGAGUUCCACUGCUUCCCACAGACCCGAGCUCUCGACUUGUCCGCUCAGUUUUGUCCCUCGUCAGCAGCUUCGUACCCUGUCCGCUUGACGACACGUCCUUGACGACAAUCGUCUGACUCCAGGCCACCGCCUCCACAAACAACAUCACCGACAUCUUCAUCAGCAGCUGACGUCGACAUCAUGAACAUCGCCGGCAAGACCGCGUUCGUGACGGGUGGCUCGCUGGGUAUCGGCCGCGGCAUGGUCAGCGCUCUGGCCGCUAGAGGCGCUAAGGUGUUCUUCAUCGACAUCAACGUGGCGAAGGGCAAGGAGCUGGAGGCUGACCUGCAGAAGAAGUAUGGCGCCAAGGUGGUCAUCUUCCGCGAGUGUGACGUGACGGAUGGUGACGCACUGAAAGCCUCAUUCGACGCCGCCGUGGCUGCUUUUGGCAACGUCGACAUCUGCUGCAACAACGCCGGCAUCCUCGACGAGAGCAUCUGGGAGAGAAUGUUGGCCAUCAACACUACGGCGCCCAUCCGGGGUAGCAUGAUCGCACUAGAGCACAUGCGGCGUGACAAGGGAGGCCGCGGUGGUGUCAUCCUCAACACGGUGUCCAUCGUGGGUAUGACCAACUGGUAUCACAUGCCCAUCUAUGUCGGCACGAAGCACGCCAUGCUUGGCUUCACACAGAGCAGGGCGGCUGACCCUCACAACAAGGAGUACGGCGUGCGCUGGUGCAGUCUGUGCCCCAUGCCCGUCAACACUGACCUCAUGGUCGUCGCCGAGGACAAGGUCAUCGACCUUGAUGAGUUCAGGGUCUACGUCAAGGCCACUAUCAUUGAACCGGAAGACGUGGUCUCGGCUUUCCUGCGGCUGCUGCAGGACGAAGGGAACAACGGUUCCAUCAUGGAGGUGACGGCCGCCCACAGGAACGGUCGCUACCGCAAGCGCAUCAUCGUGAACGCCGACGGAGUGUCGGAGCCGUUCCUGGUGGACACACCCGAGAAGGAGACCAGUCUGCCCUACUGGCCGGACAAGUGAGUCACGUGCUCUGUAGCGACACACCUGGCGCACGUGACCAGUCAGCUGACCUGUGACGACAGUACACGUCACCUCUACAGCACACCAUCAGCGACAACACUGCGGCGACAGGGCGACAUUGGUUGGCUUUGCUUAUUAUGUAUACCUGAGUAUAAUCACUUAGCAGGACGUGUAGUCUACUGUGUAACGAUGGUCCCUCCCACAUCCUGUCACACUCCUCGUUGUUGUCGAGCGGUGACGACAGACAUCAUUAAUUUCUUUCUUUGGCGUUAAAUUACCUGUUGCUUCUACCUGUUACUUCUAUCUGCUACUUCUACCUGUUGCUUCUACCUGUUGCUUCUACCUGCUACUUCUACCUGCUACUUCUACCUGUCCUUUGCUUAUAACAAGACUUGAAGCACACAGAGCUAGCCAGGUGAAAAUAACUUCACAAACAUUAUAAACAGAAGCGAAGUGACUCAAAGUUUUUACAGACACGUGAAAUAUUCUACAACACCAAAGUAAGAUGCCUUAACAAUGUAGACAGUGCUAUGGGGACUACAAACUGUAGCAGGAGCAGGUUAAGGGUCAUUGUACCGGAAAUGUAACUGUGGCACUGAAAGGUCCUGUAUUUGAUAUUCUGUGAGCAUCGGCUGCUUUUGUAAGCGACAGGCAGGGUAGGGGGGGGGGGCCGGGUAGUCUGAUGAUGAUUGCUGAGUAUACAGUAUAGACACAUCGACAGCAUUUAGCGCCAUGUUGUGACAUCGUGAUGUAUCGUCUGUGGACAGUUUGUACUCAAUAAACAUUUACUUUACCUGUC